UGCAACUGAUAAAAAAUGUUUUUUCAGAGUAUAAAAUGUCGACAGAAGUUGAAAUCAACUUGAAAGCAUUAAAAAAGGUUGACCCAUACAUCAAGAGUAUAGAGACAAGCUGCAGUAAUGUUGCACUCUACAAUUUCAACUCAGAAAGAUCAGAGUGGGAGAAAACUGAGGUGGAGGGUACUCUGUUUUUGUUCACACGAGAGGCCGAACCGAAAUAUUGCUUCACAAUUAUGAACAGGUUGAAUCCUGAGAACCAUGUCGAACCAGUGACCGGUAAGCUAGAUUUCCAGAUACAGCCACCCUUUCUACUCUACAAGAACAGUGCAGCAGAUAUCCGAGGAAUCUGGUUCUUCUCCAAGAAUGAAUGUGAAUCAGUUGGGAAAAAGAUUCAGUUGCUUGUAAAGGAAGUAGAGGAAGAGAGGGAAGAAAAAGAGAGAAAGAAGAACGGAGGAGGAGGAAAAGGAGGCGGUGGAAAUCUUUCCCAGUUGCUCCAGAAUGCGGAGAAGAAGAAGCAGUCUGAAACUGUCGAGGUUCGUCCUGAUGAAGGAAAAAAUCUGCUCAGAUUACUAAGUCAACCUGAGGGGAAAACUCAUCAUAUCUCCCAGCAGCACCUUCAUCAACCCGUAACAGAGGAGCCAACCAGUGCUAGUGUCAAGGAUUUCUUUGCUCUGGCCAGUACAACACAAUUAAACCGUGCUACUCCACAGCUCUCAGAUUCAGGACUAAAUGGAUUCUCUAUACCCGUGUCAGGGAUUCCAGCUCAUACUGCUCCAGUUGGGUUUGGUCCUCCUAUGACGAACUUCCAGCCUGUUCUGUUUGGUGGACCCCCAGUAAUACAAGCUCUGCCCAUCAGUCAAGGUCUGGCGAUGGGAGCUGUCCCUGUAACCGGGUUUUCUCCGUACGCAGGAGCCGGUUCCGUUCCACAGUUACACAAUCUCCUUCGUAGCCCAGGAGCUUUGACCGUGGACAGAAUUGAGGAGGAGCAGAGGAAGUCUAGUUCUCCCCAACUCCUUCAGCAGAGGAAAAUGCAUCCCGACCCAGUGAAAAAGAGUCCUGUUAAGAAUACUAGUAGUGUAGAGGGAAGUAUUGGAGAUCUAUCCUUUAGGCUGAAACAACAACUUCAUGUUGGAUCUAAAUCUAGUCCCUCCCUUACGGGCAAGGACGGAUCUGUUCUGAACCUACUACGUGGAGAACAUGGAGAUGGACAUACUCUUCUUUCACCUCAUGUGUUCAGUUCCUUGGAGAACUCCCCUACAGAGCCCCAGCAUAAACCAGAGUCAGCUCUGACUGGGGUUGAGACUAAACCCAGUAUCUCACCCCUCACUAGAACACAGAUGAUUGAG